GUGCCUUCAUUUUACAAAUACAACCACUUCUCCAUUUGUUUACAAAGAUCCCAGAUCUGAAUAUGUUCGGGGAAGAUUUCUGCAAAGAGUACAGCAUGAAUAUGAAAUCGAGACAUGACGCUGACAUUGCGCUGGCCCUAAGUAACAUUGCUAAAGCACAAGAAAAACAACAAAGACAUUAUGCUAAAAGAAAGACUUCUAAAUAUGGGGAAAUAACAUUUGAAGUUGGGGACUCUGAUCUGUUACUGAAUGCUAGACAGAGAACAAGAAAAGGAGGAGUAUUGGAAUCUAAAUAUCAGGGACCAUACAAAAUUAUGAGUGUUGAAGGUAAGAGAGUGAAAUUAUAAACCAUCUCAGGGAAACAGUUAGGAACCAUGUACAGUAUUGCACACUUAAAACCAGUAAAAGAGCCAACAACAUUAGCUGCUGAAAGCACAUCAGAGGGAAAAACUGGAACUGAAAUUGGAGUUGGUGACACUGAACCAGAAACACCCACGGAAGAGAUUAGAGAAGUGGAUGGCACUGUAUCUCAUGACAGCAAAGUGGAAAACAUAGAGGUCACAGCAAUAGAAAAAGAGGAAUAUAUAGGGCAAGAUGUGUCAAACAAUGAUACAAGUGAUGCUGAUGACAGUUUUGAUGACAUGCUUACAGAGGAAGUGGAAGACAAGCAAUGGCUUCUGAAAGUAAAAUUGGUAAUGACCAGCAAACACACAGAGAGACUGGAGGCCAAAGUGAGAAACAUAAAAUUGUAUGGCUCUUCAUUUCAUUGCCUGAAACCGAGAAGCUGGAUAAGUGAUGAGGUUAUUGAUGCAUUUUUGAGCUGUGUAGUUGAGAAAGCAGAUGGAAAGGUACAAGCCAUCUCAUCAGUAGUUUCCACUGCCAUUCUCUCAGGCAGAGCUACACAAAUGAAAGUGAAGAGUGAAUUACUUCAAAAUGAUAUAUUACUGCUUCCUUACCACACACCAGGUCAUUGGGUUCUUGUGAUAGCCUUGAUGAAAAAAAAGGAAUUGUUAAUAAUUGACCCCUUGUGUGAUGAGAUCAGAUAUGAAAGAACAUGCCUGAGGAACUGGAGAAACUUCAUCAAACGAUUAACUAGUAAAUCCUCAUCUGAUUGGAACAGUAAAAUUGUGCAGCAUCCCAGACAAAGUGAUGGCCACAACUGUGGACCACUCAUCUUAAAGUUUGCAGAAACAUAUUUGCAGCACAAAGACAUCAGUACGGUGGAAACAACACAGAAGGCUAAUACUGCGUUUAGAAGACAUAUAGCAAUUCUUCUAAUGAAGGAGUCAGAAAGCGUGGAGGACUACUGCAUAUACUGCAACCUUAUCGACUGUGAAAAAGAAAGUGAGGAUUGCACGAUGGUCCAGUGUGAUUCUUGCAAGAGGUGGGCACAUAGACCAUGCAUUACAGAAGGAACCAAUCAAGAAAACCUGACAUAUGAGAAGAAAGAGUACAACUGCAAGACAUGUGCAUAGUUCACUUCAUUACCAAAAAAAAAAAAAAAAGGC